CUACCUAUAUUCGUCAACCUCGCACAUUUCAGGUGCUGUUUCUCAAAUCUCUGCUAAGAUCUAAUGCAGUAUUGGCAUCAUUGUGGUGUUAGUCUCUCCACUACAGCUAGAUGGUUAUUACCUCGCCAAUUCUUCACCAAAUUGUUUGUUGGAGGACUUUCUUAUGAUACUAACGAAACCAUUUUGAGAGAUGCUUUUCGACAACAUGGAGAAUUAAUUGAAGUUAAAGUUAUAUGUGAUCAUGUGAAUGGCAAGUCAGAAGGGUAUGGAUUUGUGAAGUUCACUUCUGAAUCUGCAGCCUCCAAGGCUUUGAAAGAAAUGAAUGGUCAGUUGCUGGAUGGUAGAAAUAUUCGUGUGUGUUAUGCACACAGGAGAUGACAAGAAGGAGCUCUGUAUCUCUGCUUGUAAAAAAGAGAGGUAGAAAGAGCUGACCCUCAUAUAUAUAGCAGGACAGGAAUGCAACUCUGGAAUAGUUCAAGCAAGAAAACUGGCCAAGAAACGCAACACAUACAUGAAAAAAAACUGAAGCAUAGGAAAGAGGACCCAAGUAGUGCCCUGCUUUGUACAAAUUUCAUAAACCAUAGCUAGUUCUUACUUACACCAAGUGUAUUGCCGCGACAAAUAGCAGAGUGAUAUAUAUUUAUAUUUUGCAUUAGGUAAUUGAUAGUAUAUUUAAUUAUUUAAAAUUAAUUAAAA